AUGGAGUACUUGAAAUGUUGGAUGAGAGUGGUAGUAGUCAUGUUGGUUCUGCUAAAUGGGCUGGGUUGGAGUCAUGGGUGUGUGGACCAAGAGAGGGAGGCUCUCUUACAACUCAAACCUUUCUUUAAUGGCUUAAAUUGGCCAGAGAGUAGUAAUUCUUCAAAGUGUUGUGAGUGGGAGAGGGUGGAGUGCAAUGUCACGACUGGAAGAGUAAUCAAACUCUCUCUCUAUAAUAUACCAAGCUGGACAGAUUGGUUUGUCAACACCUCUUAUAAUAUAGAAAGCAGGACAAAGUGGUAUCUCAACGUCUCUUAUUUUCUUCCCUUUGAACAACUCAUAAGUCUCGACUUGAGCGGCAAUGAUAUAUCUGGCUGUGUGGAGAACCAAGGAUUUGAAAUAUUGUCGUCAAGGUUGAAGAAACUAGAGGCCCUCGACUUGAGUGGGAAUAAUUUCAAUGAGAGCAUUAUAUCGUCUCUCAGUGGCUUAUCUUCUCUCAAGUCUCUCUAUCUAGAUGAUAAUGAAAUGGGAACAAGCUUAGACACCAACGGUUUUGCAAGUCUAUGGAGGUUAAGCAAUUUAGAGCUUCUUGAUUUGAGCUAUAACAAAUUCAACAAUAGCAUCAUGUCAUCUUUACGUAGUCUUUUAUCUAUAAAAGAUUUAAAUCUUGCGUAUAACGAAUUGAGUGGAACAAUUAAUAUGCAAGGUUUUAAUAAUCUCGUCAACUUGAAGAAGUUGGAUAUGCAAUUCAAUGAGAUUACAGGUUUUGAAUCAUUUAAAGGUUAUGUGGAGGUCCUCGAUUUGAGCUAUAACCGCUGCAACAGUAGUGUUUUUGCAUCCCUUAAUGGACUUUCACAACUCCGGUCUCUAAAUUUAUCAGGAAAUCAAUUGAUAGGAUCAGUACAUCUUAAAGGGUUGGUAGGUUUGAGGAACUUGGAGGAGCUACAACUAAAUGACAACAGCAUUGAAGAGAUUGCGGGACCUGAAGGUGGUAAUGCAAGCUUGAACAAGUUAAAGGUGCUUGGUCUGGCAUCUCUCGAAACCAAUGGUAAAGGCACUGUGCUAAAACCAUUAGGGGCACUAUCAUCUCUCAAGACGCUUGAUCUUCAAGGAAAUAUUUUGAAUGAAACAAAUACACUUCAAGGGUUGUUUAAUUUGAGUACCCUGGAAGAAUUAUUUCUAGACUCCUCUAGCCUUCACAAAGAUUUUCUCCGUAGUCAUGUUGGGUCUUCCACUUCUCUCAAAGUUCUGCAUUUGCGUAAUUGUGGUCUCAAACACACUCUACCCAACCAAGGUUGGUGUGAAUUAAAAAACUUGGAGGAGAUUGAUCUUGGUGACAAUGAACUUGAAGGAGCACUUCCACCAUGUAUGGCAAACAUGUCAUCUCUUCACACUUUGCGUGUUACUGGCAAUCAAUUCACUGGAAAUAUUGCUUCCAGUCCUAUACCCAAUCUCAAGUCGAUUGAAUCCGUUUCACUUGGAUAUAAUCACUUUCAAGUAGCCCUAAAGCCAUUCGCAAACCACUCAAGCCUAAAAAUUGUUUUGGCAGAUGGUAACGAAUUGAUUGAAGAAGCUCCCUCGCAUUCUUGGACUCCAGAAUUCCAACUAGAGGUGUUGAGUUUGUCAAAUUGCAUGGCAAAGAAUUCAAAUGCAAGUUUUCUCGACUUCUUAUACCAUCAAUUCAGCUUGAGAUAUCUUGACCUCUCUGGUUCAAAGUUCGGGGGAACAUUCCCCAGUUGGUUGUUUGAGAACAACACAAGAUUACAACAGAUUUACUUGGUGGAUAACUCAUUUGUGGGUCAGUUUCAAUUGCCGUCGCAUCCUAAUCCAAACAUGUCUGUAAUAGACAUAUCCCACAACAAGUUAGGAGGUCAGAUUCCGUCAAAUAUUUCUUUCAUUUUUCCAAAUCUAAUGGUCUUAAAUAUAUCUGAGAAUUCCUACCAAGGUACCAUCCCUCCAAGCGUGGGUGAGCUAAAGUCUUUACAAGUUCUAGACCUCUCAAACAAUCAAUUUUCAGGAGAAAUAAAAGAGCAACUUGCUAACAAUCGGUUUCGUCUCAUCAAGCUCUCAAACAACAAAUUUUCUGGGCCCCUUCCUACCAUGUUUGAUCCAGUAAGUUUGGAAGUUUUGCUGUUGGAUGGAAAUAAAUUUGUUGGGGAAAUACCUGAUUUCUCGUCAUUGAAAGAUUUGGAAAGAUUGGAUAUCAGCCAUAACUCUUUGUCAGGUAAGCUUGCAAGAACAAUAGCCAAUAUGUCAACAUUGAGCACACUAGUUCUGUCCAAUAAUCAAUUUGAGGGUUCUAUUCCGACAGAAUUCUGCAAACUUUAUAACCUUCGAUUCUUGGAUCUCUCUAGAAAUAAUUUAUCCGGGUCUAUACCACCUUGUUUCAGUGACUUAGCUAAUCUGGAGCAUGUCCAUUUGAGAGACAACAAAUUGAGUGGUCCUAUUCCACAUGCUUUUCUGAAUUGCAGUGGUUUGCGGGUUUUGGAUCUUGGAGUUAACAACUUCAAGGGAACAAUACCAAAUUGGAUUGGUAACUUCAUGAGUUUGGGUGCUCUUCUUUUGCAAGCAAAUAAUUUACAUGGCGAUAUUCCCCUUGAGUUAUGCCGUUUGCAACAAUUGAAUAUGUUGGUUCUUUCCUCGAAUAAUCUAUCUGGACACUUACCUAUUUGCUUAAGCAAUUUGUCAUUGACAACAGGUGACUUGCUGUCUUACCAAGAACCUGACAUAUAUCCCUAUAUGGGAGUUUUCCAAAAUUUUGAGGACUCUUUUCUAGAUCUUGGUGAUCGUUUCAUAUCCCCUAUACAUGAAGUUAUAGAGUUUAGAACAAAGAGCAACUCCCUUAAUUACACGGGAAAUAUCUUGGACGACAUGUAUGGAAUCGAUCUUUCUUGUAACAGAUUCUCAGGUGAAAUCCCUAUUGAGUUCGGAAACUUCAGCAAUGUCAGAUCGUUAAACUUAUCGCACAACAAUCUGAUAGGCUUAAUCCCAGCAACGUUCUCAAACCUGAAGCAGCUAGAGAGUCUGGAUCUUUCGUACAACGAUUUAAAUGGUCGAAUUCCACCGCAAUUGAUUGAGGUAACCUCUUUGGCAGUGUUUAUUGUGGCACAUAACAACUUAUCAGGCCCAGUUCCGACGAAAAAUCAAUUUGGGACUUUUAAUGAGAGCAGUUACGAAGGAAAUCCUUUCCUUUGUGGAUCCUCAUUAAAUAAAAGCUGCAACAAGACUAAUGUUGAUUCACCAGCUACAUAUCCCGUUAUUGAGCAAAGCGAGGAUGAUGAUUUCAUGGACAUGACUGAUUUCUGUAUAAGCUUUGUAGUGGCCUAUGCCGUGAUACUAUUGGGUAUGGCAAUAGUCCUGUACAUAAAUCCAUAUUGGCGACAAGCAUGGUUUUACCACAUCGAAGUAUGCAUCAACACUUGCUACUAUUUUGUGGUGGAUAAGUUCCAAUAAGUUGUCCAAGUUCUAAAUAUGGCCUUAUGCUUCAUAAUUGAUGAGUUUUUUUUUUUUACCUAUCUCUGUAAUGUAUCUUAUCUCAUUUUGUAAUAAAAUUUCUCUCAAUGCAACUUGACUUUCUUCUUGCA